CGUGCAUCUGUUUACAAAGGUUGAAAAAAAAUAGCUGCAUUUGUCAUCUCUAUAUUUAUUUAUCAGAAGUUUCUGUUCUUUUGUUGGGUUAACAGCGAAAACUGUAGCCAGUCAUAGAAAAAUAGUUAUUGCUGUUUAUACACCUAAAAUGGAUAGUGAGCCUCCAUCGGACGGAUAUUUGAUUGAUCUUAUCGAUAACGAGUGGCUCACAGAUGAGCUUCCUCACGAUCAGAUAACGGUCCCUUUCGAAAAGCUCCCCGAUCCGGAAGCUGAUAAUGGAGACUCCCAUCUUACGCUUACCGAGCAGGAGCAAAAAUGGACGGAUCUUGCGUUUUCUACGCUUGCCCCCGAACUGUCGAUAUCGGACCAGCUCAAUAUGAAUGGUGUAUAAAUUGUUGAAUGAGUCAUUGCAAAGUCCUGUACGAACAAUAUAAACAUUAAAAGGUUCACAA